AAAAAAAUCAGUCUAUGGUUGGUCAGCCGGUUGAAAGAGCGGGUAAAAUCUUAAUUUCGUCGUUUUUUCCGUGAUUUAUUUCCUAUAACAAGUAGAAUUGUCAUAUAAAAUACAUUCUACAAUCCCAUGAGUAAGUCAAAGGUAUCAGCAGAAUGGAAGAAGCGCGUAAAAUCCGAAUACAUGAGACUCCGCCAAGUGAAGCGUUUCAAACGAGCCGACGAAGUGAAAGUGGCAUGGGCUCGCAAUUUACGGUUGAUGUCGGAGGCGGUAGAGAAUCGUGAUACUGAAAGUGCUGCAAGAGGUCGAAGACCUUUCUGGCCGCCCCCAGCUGCUAACUGCAACCAUGAGAGCCUUAUGAAACGAGCUGAAGUCUCCUAUACUGACUCAUCUGGUGUAGUAACAACCCAGCAAAUACCCAUCCGUAUCAUCAACUCAGUCAACCCAAUCCCCACGAUGUACACAUGGGCUCCCACUCAGAAGAAUUUCAUGGUUGAGGAUGAGACGGUACUACACAAUAUCCCGUACAUGGGCGACGAAGUGCUGGACCAGGACGGUACAUUCAUCGAGGAGCUCAUAAAGAACUACGACGGGAAAGUGCAUGGUGACAAGGAAGGCGGCUUCAUAGACGACCAGCUGUUUGUGGACUUAGUGCACGCGCUCAUGGCGCACCAGACUAAAGACGAGGUGGCCGAGGAGCGCCGGGAUCGGGAGGCGCGUCUCUCUAAAGAUGAGAGGGAGAAAGAAGCACAUAAAGACGCAAAGGACAAAGAGAGCAAAGAAAAAGAAAGUAAAGAAGAAAACAAAGAUGGCGACAAGAAGUUGAUCCACGAGAAACAGUUUCCAAUCUUCACCAUAUUCCAGGCCAUCAGCACUCAGUUCCCAGACAAAGGGACUGCCCAGGAGUUGAGAGAAAAAUACGUGGAGUUAACGUCCCGGCGCGACCCGGACGCAUUACCGCCCGAGUGCACGCCCAACUUGGACGGGCCGCUGGCCGAGUCGGUGCCGCGCGAGCAGACCAUGCACUCCUUCCACACGCUGUUCUGCCGCCGCUGCUUCAAGUACGACUGCUUCCUGCACCGGCUGCAGGCGUGCCACCCGGGGCCCAACCUCACCAAGCGCAAGGGGCCCGACCUCAAGCCCUUCAGCGAUCCCUGCGGCACCAGCUGCUAUAUGCUACUGGAGGGCAUGCGUGAGAAGCUAGCGCGUGAGAAGGCAGCGGGCGAAGAAGACAAGAGCAAGUCGCACGCCAUGGACUCGCCCAACGACGCAUCCUCCGAAGACUCUAACGACUCCAACCGCUUCCAGAAAGGCAGCAACAGCAACUCAAGUAACAGCAACUGGAGCUCCAACGGCCUCAACAAACAGCCGCCCGACGCGCUGCAGGAACCGGCUUACAACGCUUUAGGGCUGACCGUGGGCGACAUCGAAUCGGAGUGGACGGGGUCGGACCAGUCGCUGUUUAGGGCUCUGCACAAGGUGUUCCCCUCCAACUACUGCGCCAUCGCGCAGGUCAUGCUCUCCAAGACUUGCCAGCAGGUACACUACUGGAUCAACACGGGCCAAGAGGAGUGCCGCGUGGAAGCAGAACUGACUCCGCCCCGCAAGAAGAAGAAGAAGCACCGCCUGUGGUCCGUGCACUGCCGCAAGAUACAGCUCAAGAAGGACUCCGCCUCGCACCACGUGUACAACUACACGCCGUGCGACCACCCCAACCAGCCGUGCGACAGCAUGUGCCCGUGCCUCCAGUCGCAGAACUUCUGCGAGAAGUUCUGCCAGUGCAGCAGCGACUGCCAGAACCGCUUCCCCGGCUGCCGCUGCAAGGCGCAGUGCAACACGAAGCAGUGCCCGUGCUACCUCGGCGUGCGCGAGUGCGACCCCGACCUGUGCUCGGCCUGCGGCGCCGACGCGCCCGCGCUGCCCAAGCACACGCCCGUCUACUGCCGCAACGUGUCUGUGCAGCGGGGUCUCCACAAGCACUUACUACUAGCACCAAGCGACGUGGCCGGUUGGGGCAUCUUCCUGAAGGAAGCGGCGCACAAGAACGAAUUCAUCUCGGAGUACUGCGGCGAGAUCAUCUCGCAGGACGAGGCCGACCGCCGCGGGAAGGUCUACGACAAGUACAUGUGCUCGUUCCUGUUCAACCUCAACAACGACUUCGUGGUUGACGCGACGCGCAAAGGCAACAAGAUCCGGUUCGCGAACCACUCCAUCAACCCCAACUGCUACGCCAAGGUCAUGAUGGUCAACGGCGACCACCGCAUCGGCAUCUUCGCCAAGCGCGCCAUACAGCCCGGCGAGGAGCUGUUCUUCGAUUACAGAUAUGGGCCAACCGAGCAACUGAAGUUCGUGGGUAUAGAGCGCGAAAUGGAAUUCUUAUGAGAGCAACCCAAGCAGUGAUCGGUGCCGAUUCGCACGCCACUGCCACCGUACAUGUGGUACUAAUUGGACUGCCCAUUGUGAAGUCUAACUUCAGAUACUGUUGAGACUUCUAAAGCUAUUGCUAGUUAUGUUAAACAUAAGAACAUAAUGUUAUGGUUAUGUUAAUGUUGAUUUGAUUGUAAUAAGUAUGUUGUUUGUGCCUGUGCUAUUCAAGGCUGUAUAGUGUAAGAAAUAGUCUGAUUUGUAUUGUAAAGCAAUAAGUUAGAAGGUAAAUCCCCCCAGCUCAACAGAAUAGACAUUUAAAAUUAUGGAUGAUGAUUUAUUAAAAAACAACAAAAUCAAAAAAUC